GCGCACCGCGCCCAGCAGGGAGGCGGGGGCGCCCGGGAGCGCAGCGAGCUAACUGGGGGGCUUCGGCGGCCGUGGCUGGCAACAUGGACAACGCGGGGAAGGAGCGUGAGGCGGUGCAACUGAUGGCGGAGGCCGAGAAGCGAGUCAAGGCCUCUCACUCCUUCCUCCGAGGGCUGUUUGGUGGAAACACAAGAAUAGAAGAGGCUUGUGAAAUGUAUACCAGAGCUGCAAAUGUGUUCAAGAUGGCUAAAAAUUGGAGUGCUGCAGGAAAUGCAUUUUGUCAGGCAGCCAAGCUUCACAUGCAGCUUCAGAGCAAACAUGACUCUGCAACCAGCUUUGUGGACGCUGGGAAUGCUUACAAAAAAGCAGACCCACAAGAGGCUAUCAACUGCUUAAAUGCAGCCAUCGACAUUUACACAGACAUGGGAAGGUUUACUAUCGCAGCCAAGCACCAUAUCACUAUUGCAGAGAUCUAUGAGACUGAGCUUGUGGACAUUGAGAAGGCUAUUGCACAUUAUGAACAAUCUGCUGAUUAUUACAAAGGAGAAGAAUCCAAUAGCUCAGCCAACAAAUGUCUGCUGAAGGUGGCAGCAUAUGCCGCCCAGCUUGAGCAGUACCAGAAAGCCAUUGAGAUCUAUGAACAGGUUGGGGCAAACACAAUGGAUAAUCCUUUGUUGAAGUACAGUGCAAAGGAUUACUUCUUCAAAGCAGCCCUCUGUCACUUCAUAGUGGACGAGUUGAAUGCCAAGCUUGCUCUUGAGAAAUAUGAGGAAAUGUUUCCAGCAUUUACUGAUUCAAGAGAAUGUAAAUUAUUGAAAAAACUUCUAGAAGCUCAUGAAGAACAGAACAGUGAAGCUUACACUGAAGCAGUGAAGGAAUUUGACUCAAUAUCUCGCUUGGACCAGUGGCUGACCACCAUGCUGCUCCGCAUCAAAAAGUCCAUUCAGGGGGAUGGAGAAGGAGAUGGAGACCUGAAGUGAAACAUCUGUCUUUGUGGCAUGUGGUUAACCCUCUUUAGUUUUGUCUUAGGGCUAAGUGAUCUUUAUGAGAUACACAUUUAAUGGCUUAAUUUUGUUGCAUAUGAGCCAAAUGGCCUGUGUAUUGUUUAAGCUCCCUGCGUGUGUGCUGCUGUGAGACAGAGGAGGAGGCCCCUGUCUGUGGUUAUGACAGGCUGUCUCCUGCUCAUCAGAACCCCCCCAGUGUUUCCUGAGCAUUACUUCAGAAUUGCAACCCUACUAUUAUGGUAUUUUCAGAGACCAUGUUUAAUGUUGCCACAUUUUUAUGUCCUUUUCCUUGGACUGAAAUACCAACCCAGUUCUAAUAGACAUUUUGCAGUUUUCUCUGUCCAUUAGCUUCUGGAUGUAUUUAUUCUUUAAAGGUGUUUAACUUUUAGGACAGUUAGUAGGAAUGAAUUUAUGACUUCAUUAGAGAUGUUUAUAGUUUUGUUGUCCUGUGAUUAUUUCCGUGGUACUACUGAAAAGUUUCUUUGCUUCUAUGAUGUUCUGUUUGCAAACAUGUACGUGUAUGUGCAUGGCAAAAGUUUUGAGUAGCCAGAGUCUGUCGCGGCUCUCAUGCUGAGAGGAAAGGGGCUUUUUGGAAGCACGGGCUCCGUGUGUGGGUGAAUGUCAGUGGUGGAGUUGACUGACACAUAAGUGCACACACAAAUCAUAAGAUCUUUUAGAAAUGGAAUUUCCCCUUUCCCUGGAGAUAGUUUCCACGUAUAGUUGGAGUAGAAAUCCCUUUCUUUAUAUUUGCAUAUGAAUGUUUUAAUUGGCACACCCUGGUCUUUAUUUUCUUGCACUCUCUCAUAUUGAGGUGGUGUCUUCUGUGCCAUGGCCAUGUAAAUUUUGAUCAGGGAUGGAUAGAUUAUCUAAGUCAAGCUUGAGAAUGUAUGUAACUAAUUUACUGAUUUAUUGAACUUGAUGUGUUAGGUGGGGUAAAUAUAGUACAGGAGUUUGGUUUUUGACCAGUUGGGCAGGAACCCUUAACUGCUUCUGAGGAGACUUGAUCUUCCUCUUAGCUUGUGUGUUUGAACUUUGUCCUGUUUAUUUCAGUUUACAUAAUAUACUGACACCCCCUUGUUUGUGAAUUUGAUCCUACCUUUUAUUUUAUAUGCCCAUGUAGUGCUUGUGGCAUAGUCAUUUCCUGAAUCUCUCCUGUUCAUAUUUAUAUGAUUUGUAUUCAACAUGCAUUUGUUGAAAGCAGGAUGCAGUGGCAUGUACCUCUCUCUAGUCCCAGUUACUCAGGCUUAUGGGAGGAUCAUUUGAGCCCAGGAGUUUAACCUGGGCAACAAUGGGAGACUCAUCUCAAAGGAGAUACAAAUGAUAUGUGUUUAUUACCCAUCAUAACCUGUGGUUCUUUCUAAAUUGUGCUGCUGUCAUUAAUAACAGAUAAUGAAACUUUCCAUACUAUGUUGGUAAGUAGUACUGGAGUGGCAUUUUCAUUUUUGGAUGGUUCUUUGAUUGGGAUUGGUAGGAUUUUGUUGGGCAGAAGUAGAUUGGGUGUGCCCUGGCCACAGGCUGAGCAAGGGGCACUUUAGGAGUGGGGAGUAGGUCAAUCUAGAAUGAAAGAGAAAGUACCAGAAGUUGAAGCUGAAAGAGCCAGCUAAGGCCAGAUUAUAGAGGUUCCACAUCAAAUGGCCCUGAGGACAUGUGGUCAUAGUUGUGAUGGUGAUUUGUGUGAGGCAGGCUAGUAAAUCUGAAAGCUCCGAGGUGUGAAGAGUGUCUGUCCAUUGGGGUAGAGGGAAUGGGCCAGGAGAUGAGGUUGCUCUGGCCAUAGGACCUAGAAUCUGACGAGGAUUUCUUCUUCCCUUUCUUCCAAGUUCUGGGAUGCUUGAAUGAAAGCUGCUGCCACUGGAGAUCAGAUCUACAGUGGUGCCCAGCUGGUGCGUCUUCACUCCCUCUUAGAAUCUCUUAUGAAAAAAUGAUCAGAGAAAAGUGGCUUCUUGUCUCUAUACCUAAUAUGUUCUAUAGGCAGUGGGGUGCAGCUGGGGCCCUCUGUUUUAAGUGUGUCCAUGAGGAGAGCAUUGGAACAGGGUGUUGUGCUUGUGUCAUUACCAGUUUAACAAAGAAUCUUCUAGUCUGACCACUUAAAGUAAAAACUGUUGUGACCCCUAGGGUCCUGUCUGUCCUCCCAUGAAGGAAACAGGUGUGAAACGGAUAGAAGUACAAGCUUGCGAGAGGUGGGCUAACCAUAAAUGCAGAGUAGCCUUGAGCAACCUCCUCAGUAGCUAUUUAUUGAGAGGGUAGUUGACAGGUGAGGGGAGUAUUAGACAAUGACCCGGUGCUUAAGGAUUGCCACGGGCUCAGCUCACCCCUUCCCCCUCCCCCAGACUCCAAAGGGUGUUUAAGCUUUAACACCUGCGGAUGAGUUGCCCGAGGGUCUGCCCCAAAGCUGCAGAACAUCUCACCCAGAGGCUGUCCUGCUCUUGGCAUCUCCUACAAAAAAACAAGUCAUUUCUUUUAGGGCAGUUCUUUUUGUUGACCUUUUUAUUCUGAUCCUCUAACAGACGCCUGUCUAAAGAGGUCUGGUUUUUAAGUACAGGGUGUGUAACGUUUUGUGAAAUUAGAGAAUUGCUUCUUUGCAUUGAAAUAAACAUUGGGACUGGGGCCUGGGUUAAGAUUUAAUUUUUAUCUUUAAUAUUUCACAUGAAAAGAAUAAAAGUAAUUGUAAUGACUAGAAUAGACCUGCCAGAAGAUAAAAGGAGAAUGAGAGAAAGGCUCAGACAACAGAGUACAAACUUAAUUCCUUUCUGUGUCCCCUGGAUAUAGGAUGGUGCCAUAUUUCCAGAUGCUUAUGAGUUAGGUCUUCAAGAUUUAAAGAGAUUAUUUAUGAAUAGAAUAUAAUGAUUAUGGCACAGCUCUUUUACUUUAGUAAAUUGGGGGUUGGCUCAUUGUCCAAGUAGUUAGACUUUCUUAUAGGAAAGCUUUGCUUUUUGUGGCAACAUUUUUAUAGCUUGUAUAAGUUCUUUUUUUAAUUUAGUGAUUUGAAAACAGUAUUUUUGCACAGUUGUGACCAUGUGUGAUAGUGUCACUGUAACUAAAGUAUAUGCACCAGCCCUUGUGCAUUUAUUGUUUAAUUGUGCGUUUAAAAUGUCCAAAUGCAAACCUUUGUGACUUUCUCUGGGGGAUUGGGCUGCACAGCAUGCCCUGUGACCUGCCCGCUGUGGUGUCAGCUGUGACCAGGAGCAGGUUUCCUGCCCUGUGGAAGCCUAAGCUGCUCUUCAGCAGGGAUUACAGUAUGAAAACUUACCAUAUAACAGUAAGUCUACCUUAGCAGAAAGAGUAUGUUUGUAUUAUUUGAA